UGACAGCUACAAUGUCACGAUCGCAAUCACCUCUGAUUGGUUGAUACUCGCUUACUAUUGGCUACAAUGCAUUGUCGAAACAAGAAUACCAUUAAUUCAGCCAAUUGCAUUGUAACAGUGAUUGAUGUGGUUUUACGGAACUGCGGCUUAGAAAUUCCACUAAAAAUUAAAAAUACGAUUUUAUUUUACCGUGAUAACUGGACACUUUUCUGUGAUGCUAAGUAUUUAUAUUUGUAUGUUCAAAUCAUUUUUACAUAUACGCAACCCAAAUGCCUCGUGAAAAAAGUAGAUAUCGCGAUCGGCGUAGUUCUUCAUACAGCUCGGGUUCGUCGCACGAACGAAAAAAAUCCAAAAGUAAACAUCGGAGACGUUCACGAUCAAGAGACCGAUCAGAGUCCAGCAGCCACAGAAGAAAACGUUCCAGCUCUCGUUCGAAGCACAGGCGAAGGAGUUACUCUAGAAGUGUGUCCAGAGAACGUUAUGAGAGCAAAUCAAGGCGUCGAUCUACUUCUCGGUCGAGAUCUAAGCGGGCAAGACACUCUAGAGAGCGUUCACAUUCAAGAUCAAGAUCCCACAGCCGUUCGAAGUAUAGUAAGACUAGUAAAAAGCAUAGAAAGAGAUCACCUUCUAGCAGUCGAGAAAUUAGAGCUACUUCGUUUGAUAUUGAACCCAGAAAACUCAACCUAGAUGACACAGACAUUAAAAUUGAAAAGGCAAUAAAGGCAGCAGAAGCGGCUGGGCUGACUAUGACAAAAAUACCCACUUAUGAAUAUAAAGAGGUUGAAGUCAAAGAGGACAUGCCUACGAUACAUGACAGGAACCUGAUAGCAGAGUUAAACAGUGACUCAUUUGUGCAGAGAUCCUUUACAUCAUCUAGGAGUAAGAAACAGUCACAAAGUAUUGUGAUUGACUUGAAUGCUGAGACAGUGAAGCUACCUAAAUCAGAUAUUAAGCUUCAGAAUGAUGAUUCUAUAAUUAAUUUUGAUGAAUUACCUGGUCAUGAAGAAUUAAAAGAAAUGUGGAUAAAGAAACUCUAUCAGUAUAGAAAGAAGAUGCUUAGAGAUGAAAUGCAAUAAAUUCAUAUAACUCAUGAAUCAAAUGAUAUGCAAUUGAUUUUUAUAAGUUACAUAUAGAUAUAACUUAACUUGAUAAUUGAAUGAGUAUUUCUGGUGUUUUAA